UGCUUCCACCUUCCCAGUUCCCUCCCAUUUCCCGGUCAACCAACGUUCAUAGGGUGACCGGAAAUGGAGACAAUCGCCGGAGACCCCGUAUCACCUUACACACUGUUGCUCAGAAGCCUAGCGCUCAUACCUAUCUCUCACUACCUCUUAGUAGCGUUUUUCGUUUUGGUUGUUUUUGUAUACAAUCUACUCGAGAUUCAUAUCGUACAUGACAUUUUCGGAGGGUUUGGAGGUGAUUCUGUAUCUCUGACGUUCCAUUCUUCAUCCGAUUUGUACAGAGAAGUCGUAUCCAAGUGUCAUCUGCUUCAUGGAAGAUACUUUGCUACUCCAUGGCUUUCUAGUCCGCAUCUUCAGACUAUUUUGCUAAAUGUUUUGGUCAAGAUUCCUAGUUUCAGCUACAAAAGAGAGAUAUUUCGCACUUCUGAUGGUGGAACAAUAGCAUUGGAUUGGUUGAUGAACUCUGAUGUUUCAGAAACGAACCUUCAAGUUCAUGGAACCAAUACAGAUGCUGUCAUUCCUCUUGUGAUAGUGAUUCCUGGCUUAACUAGUGAUUCUGCUUCCCCUUAUAUUAAGGAGAUUGCAUACAACAUGGCAAAACAUGGAUGGAAUGUUGUUGUAAGCAACUAUCGAGGGCUAGGAGGGGUUCCACUCACUUCUGAAUGCUUCCAUCAUGCAGGAAGGUCGGAUGAUUUAGGCGAAGUAGUGAAUCAUCUUCAUUCCAAACAACCUGAAACUCUCCUAUAUGCUGUUGGAACUAGCAUGGGUGCCAAUAUUUUGGUAAAAUAUCUUGGUGAACAAGGGGUUAAUGUACCUCUUGCUGGGGCAGCAUCUAUCAGUAAUCCUUGGGAUCUUUUGAUUGGUGAUAGAUUCUUCAAUCGUGCAUUUAUGCAGAGGUUCUACAAUAGAGUUUUAGGGAAUUCCUUGAAAAGCACUGCCAAAUUACACCAAGAAGUUUAUGCUCGCCUUUCAGAUUGGGAAGGAAUUGAAAAGUCACGUUCAAUUCGAGACUUUAGUAAUCACUCUUCUCGAAUUGCAGGAAAUUUUGAGGCAGUUGAUGAAUUUUAUAGAUGGGCUAGCAGUGCACGUUUGGUCAGCAAAGUAUCGGUUCCACUUCUAUGUGUCAAUUCCAUAGAUGAUCCUGUCUGCAGUCAUGAAGCCAUUCCUUGGGAUGAGUGUCGGAGAAAUAAAAAUAUUGUUCUUGCUACCACACAACAUGGAGGACAUAUUGCAUUUUUUGAAGGAAUGCCGGGAAAAAGCUUGUGGUGGAUAAGGGUUGUUGAAGAAUACCUCUCUCAUCUGCAUGCAACCUCCUCAACGAGCAAACACUAGUUUCAUAAAGUUCAGAUUGUUUUUGCUACCUUUGGUUUGCAACUGAUCAAUAAUUUUGGGAUUUAGUUCAAGAAAUUCAAUCUGCCUAAUUUCGGGCUUUCAUUGUUGGUUACAUGAGUGAAAUCUAUUGGGAAAAGAUGAUUUUUUUUCUUUAGAAUAUUAUGAUUUUUCACCGACUUUGGACACGACACGUGUAAAUAUAAAUAUUUGUGGUCAACUUAUGAAAAUUUACAGGGAAAUACUUUCUUCUUAAUGUGAGCUUCGUAUGAUAUAUUAUAUGUCAAAAAUCCGAGCUAAUGUGAAUAAGAUAUCAACUCUCAAAGUGAUGUAUUUGGAAAAGAAGUUGGAACUUAAAAGUGGGGGGAAUGAGUUGUCCCACAUAGACGGGAAGCUAAAUUUGUAUAGAAAGUAACGCUAUAAAAUCUGUAUUGAACCACCCAAAUUACACUAGCAACUAAAAACAUCCUUGUGUUGAAAUUCACCCACUUGUUUGUGCUAAAGUUCGUAUUUCGUAUUGCAACUAUGACCCAUAUUGAUUUCCACCAUCAAGUGUAUCGUUAGUUCUUGAUAUAAAUUUGUUUAAUAUGGGUUCAUGAGAAAAUAAAUUCUAAAUUAAUGGUGACGACUGCUAUAAAUUGAAAGCUAUACAUGUUAGCAA